AUCGAAGGAGUCCAGCCACCGGCUGAGCAGACACGGAAGGUUGUUCACCUUGUCAGCAGAAGAUCUAGUUUUCACCUAUCUGGUCAAAGAUGGUGACUGCCAAGGCAUGGGUUCUAAAGAAGCAUUUUGAUGGUCUUCCCAAAACCAGUGACUUUGAACUGAAGACGAUAGAGCUACCAAAUCUAAAGGAUGGAGAGUUGCUGCUUGAAUCAGUGUUUCUCAGUGUUGAUCCUUACAUGAGACCUUACAGUCGACGGGACAUGAAGGAAGGUGACAUAAUGAUAGGCACUCAGGUUGCCAGGAUUGUAGAAAGCAAAAAUCCUGCUUUCACAGUGGGGGCCUUUGUCGUGGGUAGCAAAGGCUGGAGGACCCACUUUAUCUCUGAUGGGAAAGACAUACAACUCCUUCCUUCCAACUGGCCGGAAUCACUCCCCAAAUCUCUAGCUCUUGGAACAGUUGGCAUGCCAGGUCUCACUGCAUAUUUUGGUCUGCUGGAGGUCUGCAAGAUGAAGCCAGGAGAGACAGUGCUGGUUAAUGCUGCAGCUGGUGCUGUGGGCUCUGUGGUGGGGCAGCUUGCGAAAAUUGGGGGUUGCAAAGUGGUUGGCUGUGCUGGCUCAGAUGACAAGGUUGCCUAUCUGAAAAAAAUAGGCUUUGAUGAAGCCUUUAAUUACAAGACUGUUAAAUCUCUGGAUGAAGCCCUGCGUAAAGCCUCUCCUGAUGGCUACGACUGUUUCUUUGACAAUGUGGGUGGAGAAUUUGCCAGUAUUGCUAUCAACCAGAUGAAGAAAUAUGGAAGGAUUGCAGUCUGUGGUGCCAUCUCUCAGUACAAUGACUCUGUACCUCAGAAAGGGCCUUAUGUGCAGUUUCCCAUGAUUUUCAAAGAGCUUCGAAUGGAAGGGUUUAUUGUGAGCCGGUGGAGCGACCGGCGCAAGGAAGGGCUGCAGGCCCUCCUAAAGUGGGUCGUGGAGGGAAAAGUGAAGUACCAUGAACAAAUCACUGAAGGAUUUGAGAACAUGCCAGUGGCUUUUAUAGGAAUGUUAAAGGGAGAAAAUCUUGGAAAAGCUAUUGUAAAAGUGUGAAGAUCAGCUUUUCCUGGGAGACUGGUGCAGGGGGAUGUGAUUCUGUUAAAUGGUUUUAAUUCACUCAUCAAAUCAUGUGACCAGUAUGUUUCAAUCAUUUUGCUGGAUGUUUGGUGAUCAUAACUUCUGUUAAUAAUUUGGCUAAUAAAUCUCAGUGUAUUCCAA